GGGUGUGGUAACCUGUGAAAACCAUUUCCGCAGGUUGAGUCGCCAUUCUUUGCGUCCUUUGUCCGUUUAGAAGUUGUCUCCGCUAGUCAGCAAGUAGGUGUUUUGGGAUUAGACAAAUUUACAGACUGUCAAACAAGAUCGAAUCUUUUCCUACGAAAGCUGAAUAAUAUUACGAACAAAUAGCUACAAUAGGAUCCAGUUAAAGCUUCACGGACGAUAAUCUGAGCGGGAAUACAUUGGUGGUGUCCCUCAUCAAAAGCUAAAAUGAUCACCAGACGAAGAGGUCGUUCAGACAUCACCAAUGUGGAGGUGUACUCUUCAACUUGUCCUUUUGAUGUUGAAGUCACUGACUUUGUUGAAAUGAUAAAUGUUAAAACGAGUCCCUCUGAAGAAAUUAGGUCAGAGAAUGGGGAUAGUACAGUUGGAUUAGAGCUGGAUGAUUUAUUUGGAAUCGACGAGUUAAACUGGACAUUUGAGAAGGAUGCAGUCUCCCCUCUUUUCGACAUUGGAUUGACCGAAAUAGGUGUGGGUGACACAACAGAUCAAGAUUUUUGGAUUGGCACGUCCAGGACCCCAUCGCCCGAAGGAGUGUCUGCUGUUCAGAAAAGGAAGGGGAGAGAUGACCCGUCUGGGCACAUGAUCAACAAAAACGCUGUCGCUGCGCGAAUUAAUCGUCUGAAAAAGAAGGAAUACGUGAACGGGCUGGAAAAUAAAGUUGGGUCUCUGUCGUCAGAAAACCGCAUACUCAAACAGGAAAACGUCCAAUUGAAUAAGAGGGUAGAAGAGUUGGAAGAUGAGACGAGGUACCUGAGAGCUGUGUUGGCCAACGAGAGCAUGUUAGCCCAGCUGUUGUCAAGGCUGAGCGGUGUGAACGGCAUGAAAUUAUCUUCCUCGCUUUUCCAGGGGUCCAACAAGAAUGACGACCACGAUUAUGCCUUGCCGCGGAAACGUGUGAAGGUGGAGGAAAAGGAGACUUCUGGUGGCGUCUGUCUGCACGUGGACAAGAACAACGUCUCAGUGGAGUUCUGCACUAAGUGUGCAGAGAGUGCAAGCGCAUCACUCAAAAUUUUUCUUCUAGGUGAUGAUUGUUCUACCAUGCUGGAUGAAUGGGUUACAGAACGUCCCUGUCUGCUUGGCUCCAUGUGGAUUCUGCUGUUCGGGAAGCUGAAGAGGCGGGACCCGCUGCUGCCAACUUGGCCUGGUAUUUUUUUAAAGGUAGUAUAACAAAGGGUGUAAGUGACUACAUUCAACCAGUAUCCCAUAACACCUUCUUUGUAAAAAGUAGUGAAUUUAGAAUAUAUUGUGGAUGACAAGUGUUCCACUACCUAUUACAUUGACAAUAUUAGAGGUCCUAUAACGGUUUGUUCACAAGUUUAACCUGACUUGUUGACACAUUGGUAUGUAACCCAGUUGUUUAAAAAAAAAACUAGUCAAACUAUCUUGUUAUCGAUGUGAUCCUGAUAGAAAUGGACAUCACCAAUUUUGUAUAAAGUGACAAUCUUAAAGAAUGUUAUGUAAAGUACAAAGAUGUGGUAACUUUUUUUUUUCUAAAUGAGAGAACAAUGUUUCAGGAACAUGGAUAUGAUUGAAAAUAAAUCUUAUUUUGAUUA